GUUUCAAGGCCAUGGCGACAACGAUUCUUCCUUUCUUUUCUUUCUCGACCUUGUUUGGCCCACUCCGAUGCGAUGCGAUUCCUCAAACUUGUUUCCCCCGGGGCUGGAGGGCCGAUUGCAGAUGCAUGCGUUGGUUUAAGACGAAAAAUUCAGAAUGCAACAACAAGAAAUGAAUGAAUCGCUUCUCGCCGCACAAUUGUUUSAUCUGCCCGAUUGGAAGCAUAUCAUUCCUUCAAUGGCAAUACUGUAUUUAAUGUCUUGAAAGUAGUUGAAUAAACGAGACGGACAUCACAAAAAUCACAAUACAGUACUGUAGUACUUCUAAUCGAAAACAGUACUCUCUAUUGAACAAAGUAACUUUUAAUAUGCUUUGGAUGGACGGUUCGUGAUUGGAUCCCCCUUGUCGCCAUGCAUCCAUGCGUGCAUGCCUGCACRMYGCCCCUUCAAAGAUCGUCGAACGCCGCAUCAAAGGGCAGCCGGCAGAGGUACUCGUCGAGGUCCAGGGGCCGGUUCUUGGUCCCACCCGGGACGAGCCACGAGGGAACCUGGUCGUGAUCGUAGAGGCCCAGCACCUCUUGCUCCCCCCGGGUGCUCUCGCUCGGGCUYGUGGCCGGCGCAACCAGCACGAUCUUKCCCCGGGUGUCGGUCCCCACGAGGGGCGAGAAGACCCUCCACAGGACCGAAAAGGACGCCGGGGCGUUGGCAAGAAAGAUCCGGUGGAUCCGGCCGGCGUAGACGGUCCUCAGCGCCRCGAGAAAGGCCCGGGCCGCCUCCGGAGGGGGGGUGUUUUUGGAGAGGGAAAACCCCCCAAAGUCCACCGCGCAGUUGAUGGUCCCGUCCCCCGACCGGGUCGAGGCAAUCGCGCGCUCGAUCGAGUAGAGAGCGCUCCCGAGGUCGUGCUGGCCCCUCCGGACGUUCCGCGGAACAAAGCAGAGGGUCGACCGGCCCUCCCUGUCAAAGCCCCUCACGCAGAACUUGCCGGACGACAGGCUCCGGCGGAGCGCCGCCGCCARUGCCGUAUCCUCGCCGGCACCGCCGCCAUCGAAGGCCCUCACGAGGCGGUCGAUCCCAGCCGUCUCGCGAAAGGCGAGGAUCUCCCGGACCUUCGCGAAGGCCGGUCCUUCGUCGCCGUGCUUGGACUCCAGGAUCCGCUCGACGAACCGGCCCGCGAAGCGGUACCGGUMUUCUUCCGGAUCGACGUCGCWUUUGCUCCGGCUGCUCGGGUACUCGUAGGAGCUCCGCGCGGCGGUUUCCAGCUCGUCUGCGGACAGCCGGGAAAGGAUGGAAGCGACGCUCGCCGACCUUCCGUGGAUGCUUCGCUUGCGACCGGUGGGCGUGGACGGUUGGCGCAUCGCCUCGCGUUGCGGUUCGGCGGGCUCUUCCACGCACCACGGGGUAGCGGGAGUCGUCGCUGCGGUCGAUGUUUGGACGGACAUUGGGUUGGUCCGAAACUGUAGGURAUGUCGGUUGUGGUUGUUUUGUAAGAGAUACUAGCGGCACUCUUUGUUGGAUGGUGAAGAAGACGAACGCAAACUGCUCUGUGCUCUAUUGCAAUGCUCAACAAAUGGAAUACCAGGAGAGGGAAGCACGAACGAUCCAAAUCGUAACGACGAUUCCGCGUUCUGUGAUGAUUCAUUCAUUCCUUCUCGGGCAAGGGAAACACUUCCAUUCAAGUCGUAGCGUACGAAGCGUACGUACCGUACAGUACUCGUAGCCAUUCCGGCAUCACGCGGAGUCACGCACGACUUGAUACAGCAUUCGUUCGUACAGUUUUUGUGAGACGAGAGACCGCGCAAGAAGAAUCAGUGCAGUGAGCAGUUGCCUCACGACUAACUGACRACCUGAUCCUUCCCGUGCGAAGGCAAGUUCCAAMGAAAUAGAAGCUACUUCAGAUCCAUUUUUUCUCGCAUAAACAUUAGAGCAACUC